AUGCAACGAAGGAGAGUGAGCCGAACGGUAGUCAACCAGCAGGAGGACGGAACCUCGCGGAAAGUGAGCAAGAAGCCGUCGGAGGACCGGCUCGACGAGGAGAAGAAAAAGAAGCCGGGCAUGCUGAGAAAACUCGGAUUCAGUGAGUCCAUCCCGAGUUUUUCGCUUGACAUCCUUGUCGAAUGGCGACUGAAGGGCCAAAGAAAAUUAGAAAUAGAACCAAUAUCCACGAGAAUGUGAUAAUCUAGCCGAAUUUCAGCAUUACACGUUCUCCAGAGCUGUCAAUGGACGCAAGUGCGCCCCGCCCAAUAGAGCGAUACAUUGGCGCGAAGUUCAAAUUUUACCAGCAAAAUUUGUGUUUUUUGCCAGAUUAGCCACGAAAAACCGAUAAUUUCUCAUUUUUCUCUCGAUAGACCGAUUGUAUAGGCUGUUACGAAUUUUUUAAGCGAAAAAGCGUCAAAUUUGAUCAAGUCGCAAAUCACAUUUAUCCGUUUGAAGGUUUUUGGCUAAAACUGCGUGAAUUACAGUUGCUUUUCGGUAAUUUUUGCUGUUCGAGCGCUCAGAAUUCUUGUAUUUACGUAAUUUAUCAUUCUCAAAACCAAUUCUGCCUGAAAACGGUCAAGAAAGCGCAAAAUGAGAAGUGCGGUUUUUAGGCGGCGAUCGGCGGCGAAGGCGAAAAAGCAAAGUCCGCGAAAAUGCGUCAAAACGUCAUUAAUUCUGAGAAUUAGUGUGUUUUCAUGUCGAACAUGCAUUUUUCAUCGCCGUUGACCACAAAAAUCAGAGAAAACCUGCUCAAUUCAUAAAAACGCCACUUGGCCGCCGCGGCCACGCCCAUAUUGUCAGCUCUGGAGACCGUGAAUUAACUCAUGUAAAAAAAAAAAAAAAAAAAUCAUAGAUUAUAUCAAGCUUCUUGUUUGUCGUUUGUUGUUUGUUGUUUUUGCCGUGGUCGACAUCUUUUUUGUUUGCAGUUUUGCACCCGGACAAGCAGGACACUGGCAGCACGCUCAAGAGGAAGAAGCCGAAAAAGGGAACGGAUCGGAAGCGACGAUCGACGUCGGCCAUUUGGAAUCCGGACAAGAAGGUUCACUUCAACAUUGACCGGCCGCAUUCGACUAUUCCCGUUAGUUAUCGCUACUUUUUUUUCCAGACAACUUAUUGAUUUCUCUGGCAUUUCGUUAUAAAUCUAACGGCGGCCUAAUAAGAAUAAAUUGUCUAGAUAGAUUAAUAAAUCUUCUAGCUAGAUUAAUAAGUGCUCAAAUCAAGUUUCACGCCAACCGUCUGCUGGUACAAAUCUCGAUUGCGCCAAGAAAAAACAGUCGAAUCUAAUUAUUUAGGUCGCGUUUAGAUCAGUAACUUUCUAAUUAGAUUAAUAUCGAAUUGACAGAGUCAUUAUUCGUUUUCCAGCUCAAAGGCGACCCAAUAUCGGACAUACAAAAGAAGGUGUUUGUGAAAUUCGCGCAGGAAGCCGUCAAAAAGAGUCCGCCGGAGUACGCUGCAGAGUUCGCGGCGAAAGUGAAGCCGUACGUCGGAUUGCCGAUCGAACGGAAGGUGUUCGACGCGAAUCCGACCAAGAACCGCUACAAAGGUACCGAAGAGACCUCCGCGACGUUUUAUACCAGCAGUGACAUUUGUGUGAAACGUCGCGGAGCCGAAAGGCGACGGAAACGGUUUCUCAUGCGGCUUUCAGAUGUGGUGUGCAACGACGUGACGCGAGUGAUCCUGAACGACGGCUACGAGGGCGACUAUAUCCACGCGAACUACGUGAACGGUCUGAAUGCGCCGUUCAUCCUCACGCAGGGCCCCACGCCGACGACGAUCGUCGACUUUUGGCGCAUGCUCGUGCACACAAAGACCGCCUACGUCGUGAUGUUGUGCGAGGUGAUCGAGGACGGAAAACCGAAAUGCGGACAGUACUGGCCGGACAAGGCGGGCGAGAUGGCCACUUUUGGGGUGUGGAGUGUGACGUGUGUGGGCGAGGACGAGAAGGACUCGAACAUUAUCAAGAGGAGCCUUUUGGUGAAGAACGGCGACAGCGGCAAGGAGCACAUGCUCAAGCAUUUGCACACCAAAUCAUGGUCAGUUCAGAGAUUGAAUCACAACUUUUUUUUUCAUUUCAGGCCGGACAAAUCGGUGCCCAACUCGACGCUCUCCCUGCUCCGCAUGCUCUUCAUGGUCCGCACGUCGCCUGGUCCCGUCACCGUCCACUGCUCGGCCGGAAUCGGUCGCACUGGCACUUUUGUCGCCAUGGAAGCGUGUCUGCAGGUGCUCACCGACGGAAAGGAACUCGAUUUGUUGGCUGUCGUCAGAGCGCUCAGAAGUGGGGAGUCGAUGAAAAAGUGAAUAAAAAUGCGCCUCAUUGCCUUCAGACAGUCGUGCCGGAAGUGUUCAAGUGGACAUUCAGUACAUGACACUCGUCCAGAUGGUCAUCAACUACGGAAAGGACAACGGAUAUUGGGAGGAUAGGGAUCUGGACGAUGUAAGAGUUUUGGCUUUCACCCUUGCAACCAAUGGUUUCUUUCAGCGCGUCGAACUGCUCACCUGGAACAUCCAGCAGUUUAUUCAGUCGCGCGGAAAGGUUGAUCAUCUGAUGGCCACGCCGUCCACUCCGAACCUCGUCGUGGUCCCAGCUGCUCCGACUCCACCCCUUCCGGCGCCAGUCCAUGCGCCAACACCUCAACCGACGUCGCCUGCGCCGGCACAUGUUAUUCCAUACCAUCCUGCUCCUGAGAAGAAGAUUGUAGUGGCUGUCAAGAAGAAGAAGGAGAAGGAUGUGAACAGAGACAGGGAAAGGGAAAAGGAGAAGGAGAAGGAGAAGGAGAGGGAGAAAGAGAAGGAGAAAGAGAAGGAGAAGGAGAAAGAGCAUCCAAAGGACUAUGAGAAAGAGUACCAGAAGGAGUACCAGAAAGAAUAUCAAAAGGAAAAGGAAAAAUCGAAAGAGGAGCCGGUUCAAGCACCAAUAGUCACCAGGGACUCGUCCGAGGAGAACGACGAGCCGGAGGAGCCGCCCAAGAUCAUUGUGCCAGCGCCGCAGCAGAAACCGGAGCCGAUAGUCAAGGAUCCGAUGGCUCCGAAGGACGACGACGGCACCGCCACCGUCCUCCCGCUCCUUCCCACUCCUCUUCCGCCGAUCUCUUCCCCGGCGACGACACCUCCGUCGCCGCCGCCGCCGCCGCCGCCGAAACCGAACGGACCAGCGGAGAACGAAAUAAUGAACCCGGCGGUGGCGAAGAAGUCGAGCGAGAAGCCGAACAAGCAGAGUGCGGAGAGGCCGAAUCUGUUGAGAAAGGUCAGUUUAAACACUUAAUUAGUGAACACACUGAAUCAGACGGCUUCAUUCGGUUCUUGAUACAGUAAUAUAGUACGGUUUCACUACAUUGUGAAAAUAUCGUCAAAUUUGCCAAUUUUGAUAAUGCAAACGGUUGUUUUCAGAACCGCAGUCAGUACUUUAUGUGA